GCCGCCGUGCUUGGGCGCGCAGUGUGCGUGGCUUGAGCACGGCGGCUGUUUGCAGGGGACGCUGUCCUGGUCGGGGUGCUGUUUUGGAAACGAGCUCAGCAUUCGCACUGUCUUUUGGGCCUACCAUGAGGCGCCUAGGUUCGGUGCAGCGGAAAAUGCCAUGUGUGUUUGUGACGGAGGUGAAAGAGGAGCCCUCCACCAAAAGGGAGCAUCAGGUACCGAGGUGUGCGGCCCCGUGGAGCGGCCGCGCAGGGGCUGCCGGGCGCUAUAGAGCCGCCCUGCAGCCAUUUAAAGUUUUGGCAACUGAAACUAUAAGUCACAAGGCAUUAGAUGCAGAUAUAUACAGUGCAAUCCCAACAGAAAAAGUGGAUGGAACAUGUUGUUAUAUUACUAACUAUAAAGGUCAGCCAUACCUUUGGGCUCGACUAGAUAGAAAACCUAACAAGUUAGCUGAGAAAAGAUUUAAAAAUUUUCUACAUUCAAAACAAAACUCAAAAGAAUUUUUUUGGAAUGUUGAGGAGGACUUCAAACCUGUUCCAGAGUGCUGGAUACCAGCGAAGGAAAUAGAACAAUUAAAUGGGAAUCCGAUGCCUGAUGAAAAUGGACACAUUCCUGGUUGGGUACCAGUGGAGAAAAACAACAAACAGUAUUGCUGGCAUUCCUCUGUAGUUAAUUAUGAAUUUGAAGUUGCCCUGGUACUGAAGCAUCAUCCUGAUGAUCCUGGUCUUUUGGAAAUUAGUGCAGUGCCACUAUCAGAUCUCCUAGAACAAACACUAGAGCUUAUCGGAACAAAUAUUAAUGGAAACCCUUAUGGGUUAGGAAGCAAGAAGCAUCCAUUACAUCUUCUUAUACCACAUGGGGCAUUUCAAAUAAGAAAUCUACCAAACUUGAAGCACAAUGAUCUAUUAUCCUGGUUUGAAGGUUGCAGAGAGGGUAAAAUUGAAGGAAUAGUAUGGCAUUGCAAUGAUGGCUGUUUAAUCAAGGUUCAUCGCCAUCAUCUUGGUUUAUGCUGGCCAAUUCCAGAUACUUACAUGAAUUCAAAACCUGUUAUUAUCAACAUGAACCUGAACAAGUAUGACCAUGCCUUUGAUACUAAGAGUUUGUUUAAUCUUCUUUCAAAAAUAGAUAAUCAGAAAUUUGGCAGACUCAGAGAUAUCAUACUUGAUGUAUAAACUAGAAAUGCAAUUAAAAAACAGCUUUAUUAUACUUAAACCUUGAAUAUUCUGCCAUGUGGGGAAGGUAAAAAAAUCUCAAGGUUCAGUGUCUAAUAUAGCAAUACAUCUUCUAGCAUUUCAGGAAAUGAAUUUCCCAGUUGGAAAUGUCUAUUCAAGAUUUUAUUUAGAAGCAGCAAAUGAAUUUCAACCACUAAACUUAAAAAAAUGUAAUAGUAAUCUCCCACCUUGUACAAAGGUUGGAUUCUACCAUUACUGGGUAGUAAUUUAAAAACAGCAGUUAAACAAUUCUGGAUCAUUAAUUUUGAGGAUUAAAGAAUUUAAAAAACAAUUUAAUCUUACUAGACACUUAACAAAACAUAUAGCUGUAACCUCAUAACAUGUUUAUAUACAUGUACAUAUAUAUAAAAUUAGUCUUAACACAUAUAAGUAUGUAAAUAUAUGUAAAAGUCCAAUUUUAAAUGUUAAAAUUAUUAAAGUUCACCCUCAUACUCUUUAAAAAACUUAAAUAUUAUGAAUGUACAGAAAUUCAUCAUAGCUCAUUUGAUAGACAUAAUUAAAAAAUCUUCAAAAAUAUACUUUUCUAAUGUUUAAAAUUUCGUAUUUUAAAUUACUAAAUUUAAAAUUCACUAAAUUUUAGUAAAUUUCCAAUUUAAUUUUAAAUUGGAUAUCUAGUAAAUUUUACUAAAACUUCCAAGGUACAGGAUAUGGAGAUGGAAAUCAUGUAGGUCAGAGACUUGAUUUCCUGAUGGAGUUUUAACUUACAAAGUUAAUAAAUAAAUAAAACUACAGUUAUAGGUGGUCCUUAAUAAAUGGGGAAAUUAGCAGGACUUUCCUCUUCAUCUUCAGACUGUUCAGAAGCAGCAACGGGACUGCUUAAUUCAACUCCAAAUUGUUCAGAAAGUUUUUUUAACUUCUCUUCUAAGAGAAUAUUCUUUUUCACUUCUUCUUUAUAAUUAUACUUCAGAUCUUCAAUUUCUUCAAAAAAUGAAGGAUCAAAGUUUUCCAGUUCUUUUUUCAGCUUUUUUAUUUCCUCCUAAUAGAAACAUGAUAACUUUAAAAGGUAUAGGUAGGAAUAAAAUACAUUCUUUAGGUUUGAACUGAAGAGAUGUAAUUGCAAACAUCAAAUCCAAAGUAACUUGAAUAAUCAAAUAGAAACUAUAUAGGCAGAAGUAUUUUCUUAGGAUUCUGUUAAUAAGGUAUCACUGUACAAGGUUUUAAGUAACAAACUUGUUAACUGACAAAUCAAACUGUUCUGUAAAUUAUGUCCUAGUCUUUGGAAUUUAUCAGUUCUUAAAUUGUGUGUGUAGGGGGUGGAUAUUUAAUCUUUAUCCAAAAGCAUAUCAGAUAUUCUCACUGAGGUAAUCAAAGACUUGGCUAUUCACUACACAAGUUAUGUUGGUUAAGAUUCUUUGGUUUAGGCUUCAUUUAUAUUUUUACAAAUACCUAUUUUUUUUAAUAGUCGACUUCAUAUAUAUGUGUAUGUGUGUAUAUAUAUAUAUAUUUAGGAUUAGGGAAACUCUAGAACUUCUACCUGGAUAAGAGGCCUCUGGUAAAGGGACCAUUUGAACUUUAGUGACCAUUUAGAAUAGCCAGUGAUUACUAGUUAAUUCUCCAAUUCAUGCUCUCUCGUUCUGUUUAUAGAUUCUUUAAGAGAUAAAGCAUAGCAAGUAUCUUUCUUUAAGGGAGCUAUUCUUGAAAAGAAUUUCAAAAGGAAAUAAAAGGCACUGUUCCCAGUGUGACCCAAAACUUAAGAAAAUAUAUUAAAAUAAUGAGCUAUAUUUGUGAAAAUUAAAAAAUAAAUUUACUCUUUAAUCCUA